AUGGAGGCUGCAGCAGAAGAGCCACCGCAUCAUACUCCUGACCAAGAGAUCGGACACGGCAACGAUCUCAAUGACACUACUCAAGACGACGAGUUUGAUUUCGAGAUCGGUGGCGGCGACGAUCUGGGCGGCCUUGGAGAGGCUGACACCGCAAGGGAUGAUCUAACCAACCCGCCCGACAACGUCGAGGCACAGAACGGCGAUUCGUACACGUUGAAUCCACAAGAGGGAGUGCCGCCGGCAUCGAACGUAGAAUCUGAUCAUGACGCCGGUCUCGAAUUCGGCCACGAAGCCGUCGACCUAGCGAUUUCCGAUUUUGAUGCCUACGCUGGACAAGACGAAUAUGCCCAGGAUGCCCACGAUGGUGGUCUCGGCGAACCUGAAGCCGUUGAUCAGGAUGAGAAUCAAGAUGGUCGUACCAAGGAAGAAGACGGCUCUCACGAAGGAGUCGAUUACGAGGAGACAGCUGGCGAAUUCGAGGGACUCGACCCUGUCGAGCUUGAUUUGGAAACAACCCACGAUCUCUUGAAUGCUGCGACAAGUGUCGAUGGCAUUCAAAAGGGAGUUGGUUCACAGGAGCCCGCCCACGAUACUGAUCCGAUCGAGGACCGAGCCGAGGCAAGGAUAGACACUGUCCAGGAUGCACAAUACCUUGCAGAGACGGCCGACGAUGGUGAGAGAGCUGAAACGCUUAUUGACGGCGAUCACCCUCAGGAUGCAAGUGUUGCAGGCGAGGCAGAGGGCAGCAACGUCAACUCUGAUGCGGACACGUCGCUGGCCGUAGACUACCACACGACCGAGGUUGCUGAUACCUCUCUGAACGAGUCCAACUGGGAUACUGAGGAUUUGGAAGGGGAUAAGGACCUCAACUCCAACGUGUUUCCAAAUGUGACGGUCUCGUACCAGAAGCAGGAGUAUUUCCUCUUUGGAGGGGCUGCCGAUGAAGACCCCAACACAUACUUUCUUAGUGAUGUUGAUCUGCUUCAACAGCCCCUAUCCGAGUUCCUCAGCAACAUUCGCGACGUCAUUUCUUCUGAGGUGGAAUCUGACCAAGAAAUCUUCCUACAAGUCGACGGUCUUGGCCUCGAAUUUGGCGAGUCCACAACGCAGGAUUUCCUCGACCAAACCACGUUCGCUCAGAUCAUAGAGGUGAACAAGAAACUGGUUCAGCACGAUGGUGGCUCUCGGUCGCCCGAGCUAUUCGUCUACCUCAGUACGCGAUCAAACCCUUUACACCGGUUUGCGGAUCUCGUGGAAGGCGCGGACGAGGGCCGGGGACUCUCGCACUUUGAGAAGUACUACGAGGAUGCCUCUGGAAAUGCCUCUGCCACCAAUGAAGCAGGCCCGGAAGGAUUGUCUGAUGAUCUCAUCUCCGACGAUCUGUCGCUUGACGAUGCCGAAGACGACGAGGGUGAGGCGGCAAUGGAUGAAGCAGCUGAACACUAUGAAGUGGAGCAGAGACGCAACCCGUUCCAAGUUGUUGAAGAUCCAGAACAAUCGACUGUCGAUGCAUCUGGCUCUGGCAGUGCGGAAGAGGAUACAGCCGAGUACGACGCCGACGCACUUGAUCCCGAGGAGGCUCAUAUCUUUGAUGCGGUCGUAAAUGCCGGCUCUGCACUCGAGACUACAGAUGGACAUGAGAUAUCUGUGGCCGAUAUCAUAGAAGAUGAUGCGUCAGCAGCAGGCCAUCUUGAUGCCCAGGUCCUAGAAGUGAUGCAUGAGGUGGAGCGUCAGAAUGGUGACGGCCUGUCAGCUGGCAGCGAGAAUCGCGAGAUGACACACGAGGCCGAAACGCUGGUUGAUCUGUCCCAGGAGGGACAAGAAGGCGUUGAUGCCAAUACGGCCGAAGACGACGACUAUCUGGACCUCGGCAACGAAGGCGAUCUUUUGGAACCUGCAAAUUACACCGACACGAGCAACGGCGCGGCCAUACAUAAUGAUACCUCGCGACAAGUUUCCGAUAACUCGAGUGCAACAGCAACCCUUGACGGAGAGGACAGCGCGCAUGGAGAGGAUGCAGCUAUGGCUCAAGGCUCUGCAUAUCCUACCAACGGCCCAACUCAAACCGACCUUGGGACUUUCUCAAACGAUGUGGACGAGAUCGAUUGGAAUCAUGACGAGGACGACGAAAUUGGCGUUGCGCAUCCAAACCCGACCAACCUCUCUCCUUCGAGCCUCUCUGCAAAGAGAAGCAGACAAGCAGACGAGGUCGUUGAUGGUCCGGGCGAUGAGAAUGCCGCCAAGCGCCGUCGCACUUAG